GAUUUCAACAUCAGCGUAACGAGAACCAAACACUUCUCUCUCCCCACCAGAAGAGAGCCACAGGAGGAAGAAGAAGAAGAAGACGAAGAGCUGGAAGAAGCAGAAGAAAACUUGGUUUCUCUGGUUCAAAAAUGUCCCAACAUGAGAGUUCUACGCCAGAUCCACGCUCAUGUGCUUACUUAUGCCCUCCCCUUCUCCUCCCUGUCUUUCCUACUUAGCAAAAUCGUCGGCUUUUGUGCACUCUCGCCUCUUGGGGAUAUCGAUCAUGCCCGGCGCGUAUUCCAUCGGAUUCGGAACCCAAACAUAUUCUGCUGGAACUCUAUGAUUAGGGGUUCUUCCCUAGUCGAAACCCCAUCUAAAGAACCUUUCUUUUUCUACCGAAAAUUGGUUAAGAGGUGUUAUCCGAACCCCAACAGUUUCACUCUAGCUUUUGUUCUAAAGGCCUGUGCAAUCGUCUCUGCUCUCAAUGAAGGUCUUCAGAUCCAUUCACAUGCCCUGAGGACGGGGCUCUCCUCAAGCCAGUUCGUGCAGACCGCACUGGUUAAUUUGUAUUCGAAAUGCGAGGAGAUUGGUUCUGCUAGACGCGUCUUUGAUGAGAUUCCAGAGAAAAAUUUGAUCGCUUGGAGCACAAUGAUUAGUGGUUACGCUAGAACUGGGUUGGUUAAUGAGGCCUUGAGCUUGUUUAGGGGAAUGCAGAAGGUCGAGAUUAAUCCGGAUGAGGUUACGCUGGUUAGUGUCGUUUCAGCCUGCGCCACAGCUGGGGCGCUGGACCUGGGCGAAUGGGUUCAUGCGUUUAUCGAUAAACACUUCAUCAAUGUUGAUCUCGAGCUCGGUACUGCACUUGUCAAUAUGUAUGCUAAAUGCGGAUGUAUUGAAAGAGCACGCAAACUGUUUGAUGAGAUGCCUAUUAAGGAUACGAAAGCUUGGAGCUCCAUGAUCGUUGGGUUGGCCAUCCACGGGCUUGCUGACGAUGCACUCGACAUCUUCUCUAGGAUGGAAGAAGCCAAGGUGAAACCUAAUCAUGUAACCUUCAUUGGAGUGCUGUCCGCUUGUGCCCAUAGUGGGCUGGUAACAGAGGGCCAAAGAUAUUGGUCGACCAUGCUUGAGACUGGAAUUGAACCUUCAAUGGAGCACUAUGGUUGCAUGGUCGACCUACUUUGCCGAGCUGGUCUCAUUGAAGAUGCUUACACGUUUGUUCAGACUAUGCCUAUCCAACCUAAUGCAGUAAUAUGGAGGACUUUAAUUGUGGGUUGCAAGAAGACUGGAAUAUUGGAUAGAGGGGAGAUUAUUGCUGAGAAGCUUCUAGAACUGGAGCCACUCAAUGGGGAGAAUUAUAUUCUAAUUUCCAACAUGUUGGCAUCAAGGUCACAGUGGGAAAAGGUGAGCCACAUGAGGAAGAAGAUGAAAGAGAUUGGUGUGAAGCCAAUCACAGGUUGCAGCUCAAUUGAGGUUGAUGGUUUUGUACAUGAGUUUGUCAUUGGUGAUGGGUCUCACCCUGAGAUCAAUGAGAUAAACAACAUAUUGAGGGAUAUAUCUGAUCGGGUCCGUCAUGCUGGACACCAGGCAUGGACCUCAGCUGUUCUUCAUGAUGUAGAUGAGGAUGAGAAGGAGAGUGCUCUUUUUGAGCACAGUGAAAGGCUUGCAAUUGCUUUUGGACUUUUGAAAACCAAGGCACCAGCAGCAAUUCGGGUAGUAAAGAACCUCAGGGUUUGUGAUGAUUGCCAUGAGGUGACCAAAAUUAUCAGCAAACUCUACAAGCGCGAGAUCAUUGUCAGAGACCGAGUCCGGUUCCACAGAUUCAUUGAUGGAACUUGCUCCUGCAGGGAUUACUGGUGAUCAUGGACCCCCUCAAUAUAUUUUUUGCACUUCUUAA